GGGAGGGCGGGAGGCUGAGCCGAGCGGCGAGAGCGCGCCCAGCCGGAGCCGGAGCCGAGGGAGCCGCGGAGCCGCCGGGCCGGGCGCAACCUGCAACUAGUUCAGUGCCCGCACCCGGGACCGCUCGCGGCUGGCCGGGGCAGUGGCCGGCGCCGGGUUCUCCAAGUUGGUGUCUAAGAAGAUGAUAUUCAUCCAAAUGAAUCAUAUUCAUAUGUUCAGCCUUGGGCUUCGCAUCCUCAUCUGUUUCCUUCCUGGAACAAAGGGCCAAGGUGAUUCCAGACGACAAGAACCCGGAGAUUUUGUAAAGCAGGAUAUUGGCGGACUCUCUCCUAAGCAUGCCCCGGAUAUUCCAGAUGACAGCACUGACAAUAUCACCAUCUUCACUCGCAUCUUGGACCGCCUUUUGGAUGGCUAUGACAACCGGCUGCGACCCGGACUCGGAGAUGCAGUGACAGAAGUGAAGACUGACAUCUAUGUGACCAGUUUUGGCCCUGUGUCAGACACUGACAUGGAGUACACCAUCGAUGUAUUCUUCCGGCAGACCUGGCAUGAUGAAAGGCUGAAAUUUGAUGGCCCCAUGAAGAUCCUUCCCCUGAACAAUCUCCUGGCUAGCAAGAUUUGGACCCCAGACACUUUUUUCCACAAUGGCAAGAAAUCGGUGGCUCAUAACAUGACCACACCGAACAAGCUGCUCCGACUGGUGGACAACGGGACACUCCUCUACACAAUGAGGUUAACAAUUCACGCUGAGUGCCCCAUGCACUUGGAAGAUUUUCCUAUGGAUGUGCAUGCCUGCCCCCUGAAGUUUGGGAGUUGUAUGUAUUUUCGUGCCUUCUCUUUGUCAGAUCGUCUUUUGAUAAAACACAGUACUUCCUGCCUGUCUCUUAGUCAUUUUGAGGCUGAGACCUUUGAAGCUCCACAGGCAGGGAAUGAUCGAGAAGCUGGGCUGCGCUGGGAGCUGACACUCUUUGUAGUGUUCUUUAUACUGAAGGCUGGUAGAUUUUUGUUUUGUCAACUUCACCUACCUCUGGCCGUUUAUAAUUUCUGUGAUGGCUUCCUGCUAGUUCAUAAAACACCACAGGAUCUUUUGUAUUUUGAAGGCUUUGAACUUGCUGGAUUUUGA